CUGACACCAUGACAACCAGUGGUUGCAUGACAAUCAACCAUGACCCCGUGGACAGAGCAGACUGCUGGGCUCAAGUUAUCACCCAAGGGUUGCCAUUAUAUAUCUGUAUCUAGCCUGCAAAUAAUCCAAACAUAACAGUGGAAAAAGUAAUGCAAAGAAGUGAAGCAGCUGAAGGAAAACCACAGCAUGGACAAAGGAUGAUUUUUACAGGCCCAGAUGGAAUUGGAGACUACAGGCCAAGAUCAAAUUAUUUCCCCCGGUACAUCGGUGUGGGCGCCUCAUCACCUGAGGCCACAGGUGACCUCAGUUACUUGUGCCGAGCUGCACCACAUGCCCCGCCUCCCAUGCCUAAGCAGAGCUAUGUGGGGGAGGUUGGCUGGGGCUGGCAGUAUAAUCAGCUGUUGAACAGCGGGACGCUGCACAGCAAUAUGCAAAUUAAGAAAACUGAGUUACGGACAGCUUUGGAAGACAGAGUGACUCAAAGGUUCCAGAGUGAACAAAAGAAUAUGACGAAUGACUCACUCCAAGUCAACACCAAGUUUCACAGAGACAGUCAGAGCUAACAGCAGAUGGCAUUCUACUACCCACGGCGGCAGGAGGACCUGACUGUUAAUGAGAUGUGUCAUGUGUGAUUAAA